AUGAAGUUUUUCAACGUCAUCGAUGGCCAACGUCGAAGCAGCGAGCACAAGCACCAAUGUACUGACCCUCGUACUGAACAACCGCUAUGGGAUGCUCCCAUUGCGACGCUACAGGAUCUUGAUCAUGCCGUUAUUGCAGCUCAGAAAGCCCUCGAGACGUGGGCCAAGACCUCUGUCGAGGAACGCUCAGAAUACCUGCGCAAGAUCAUUGAUGCCUAUACUACUAACAAGCAGGAACUGAUGGAAAUCGUGAUGAAAGAAACGGGGAAGUCGGUGAGGCGUAAUUCACUUCAUGACGAUAUCGCCAACUUGCUAAUCGUUCUCCAGAGUUUGAUGGCCGAAAUAGAAAUAGGAAACACCUGCGCGCAGACACUCUACUACACAAACGUCCAUUUGGAAGACGAAAUCAGUUAUGAAGACGAAAAAGUCAAAGUUGUAGCCACUCACUCUCCUCUCGGCGUUGUCGGCGCCAUAUGCCCCUGGAACUUCCCCCUUAUCCUCAGCAACAUCAAAGUGAUUUCGUCCCUCAUCACAGGUAACUGCGUCAUUGUCAAGCCGUCGCCCUUCACCCCGUAUUCAGUGAUGAAAUCUGUCGAACUCUGCAUCGACAUAUUCCCCCCCGGUGUCAUCCAAGUCGUAAACGGCGACGUUGAUCUAGGAAUCGCCAUGACAUUACACCCAGGAAUUGCCAAAAUCAGCUUCACAGGUACCAUCGACACAGGGAAAAGCGUCAUGGAAAACUGCUCCAAGACUCUCAAGCGCUUAACGCUGGAACUGGCCGGCAACGAUGCCGCCAUUGUCACAGAUGACGUUGAAAUCGGCAAGGCAGCAGAGCUGGUGGCGACAGGGAGCUUUUUCAAUGCCGGCCAGAUGUGCGUGGCUACGAAACGCGUUUACGUCCAUGAUUCGAUAUAUGACCAAUUUCUUGAGGCUUUCACUGGCGAGGUACGAAAGAAGUACGCCAUCAACCACAAUGCAGUGGCUCCCAGUCUGUUUGGGCCGGUGUCAAACAAGAUGCAGUACGACGCCGUCAAGGAAAUCGUUGAAGACUGCAAGAAUAACGGGUACAAUGUCGUCGCUGCUGAUCAGCCGCUGGACAGCAAAGGUUUCUGGAUACCACCAACCAUCGUGUCGAAACCCCCAGAAGACUCGAUCCUUGUGAGGAAAGAACAAUUUGGGCCAAUCAUACCUAUCCUUUCAUGGUCAGAGGAGGACGACGCAGUGAGACGGGCGAAUCUCAGCAACGCCGGUCUGGGUGCAUCAGUCUACUGUAGGAAUGUUAAGCGUGCUGAGAGGAUCGCGAGGGGAUUGGAAGCUGGCAGUGUCUGGAUCAACAUACCCGAGGCGCCCAAUCACGGUGCUUUCUUCUCGGGGCAGAAGCAUAGCGGUCACGGUGGUGAGAUGGGUAAACAAGGGCUGCUAUCAUAUUGCUACACCAAAAGCAUACACUUUGGCAAGGUCUAA